AUGCAGCCUAGGAGUAAACACCCCCUCCAGCGCAUCCCGACAUGGCUCGCCCUCUCCGUCGGGAUUAUGGUCGGCCUCUUCAUCUCCAAAAUGUUCUCUUCGUCCGCUACUUCAGCAUGGAGAGGCCGCCACGCUCCGGUGCUCCCUUCCUCACGCACACCAGCAAGAACACCGCUGACAUUGCCAACGAUUGACCAACGACGGCGCGUCUUGGACCUCGUUACCCAUCUCUCCCCGCAUUACACAAAAGAAUGCACACGACCCGCCCAGCCAAUGUACAAAGAGCAGGCGGCAGAGAGAUACGCGUCUCUCAUCGGGCACCAGUCGCCCGCGUCCUCGUCCUGGUUCGACACAUUGGGGCUGGGCAGCAACGUCGACGGCGACUACGUGCCGUCUGGGCGGCGGUUUGGGCCGGACGCGCACAAGUAUUUCUUCGCGAUCAACCUGUACAACUCGUUCGACAUCAUCCCGGACCUCUUCGCGACGCUCUUCCGCGUCGCCGCGAUCCUCGGCUAUCACAACGUGUACGUUUCAAUUUACGAGAACGGCUCGACGGACCAGACGAAGGCGCUCCUGCGCAUCUUCGACGCGAUCUGCCGGAGCGUCGGGUUACGCGUCACGAUCCGGACGUCGAUGCGCACGCGCGGUGCGUUUAACCACCGUAUCGAGUACCUCGCAGAGGUGCGUAAUGCUGCGUUCGUGCCCCUGCACGAGCUGCGCGACGCGGAGAACGAGUAUUUCGACUCGAUCAUCUUCAUGAACGACAUCCUGCCGUGCGUGGACGACCUGCUCGAGCUCAUCUGGCAGAGCCGGAGAAACAACGCGGGCAUCACCUGUGCGGCGGACUACAUGUACCACGAAGAACUCGGCUCGCCCGUGUUCUACGACAACUGGGUCGCGCGCGACAUCAACGGGACCGCGCUCGAGAACGCGCCGUUCGAGUCCAUCUUCCAGCACGGGCCCUCGCAGCAGCGCUUCAUGCAGCACCUGCCGAUCCAGGUGCAGUCCUGCUGGAACGGCAUCGCCGUGCUCGACCCCGCGCCGUUCUACGCGCCGCCGCACGUGCGCUUCCGCAUGGCGCGCAUCACCGAGGGCGAGUGCUCCGCGAGCGAGUGCUCGCUCAUCUGCAACGACUACUGGGAGGCCGGAUACGGCCGUAUCCUCAUGGUGCCCCGCGUCAAGCUCGCGUACGACCACCGUGUAUGGGACAUAAUCCACCCCUCGCGCCGAAACCUCACCGCGAUUCGUGGGUACGUCCGCCUCGGCGGGCUCCCCGACAACCCGCGCACCGACCCGCAGGACCGCGCCUGGUUCGGGCCCCACGACCGCCUCUUCACCGAGGAGGAGAGCGAGCCGCUCGCGUUCCAAGCCGGCCCCGAAUACGUCUGGUGCUGGGGAUGGGACGGCGCAGGCGACCUCGACGGGCCGGACGUGGACCCCAUCUGGGAGCACAUGCCGAACAAGUCCUCGCGCGCGGACUCGGUCAGGGUGCGCCACGACCGCAGCCUAUUGUACGUCUGAGCACGGUUAUGCCGGACGAAUGUGAGAAACAGGAUUGCUCUGCUGGAGUGAGUUGUGCGGUGGGUUGGGGACAUAUCCAUAGAACGCAAUAUUCUGUAUAUAGGCCACGCAUCGUUAUCGUUCAAUCGCUCUCGACAUCAUUAAU